AUGCAUGUUCCUACUGAGGGUACUGCUGUGUUCCUGCAAACCUAUGAGACAGAUGUAACUGUGAUGCAACUGAUGCAACCCGUGAAAAGAGAUGACCACAUCAGCAGUGCCACCACAUUUCGCGUGGUACCAAAUCAAUAUGAUCUUAUAUUGAGGUAUUAUUUUCAUUCAUAA